AUGCUUCUCAUGCGCGUCGUGUGGUGGCUCCUGCUCUCCAGAGCACUGGCGCAGACGGCCGAGCCACCCGUCGGCGCGGCGCAGAUCGCACCGAUCACAAGAGCACUGGCGCAGACGGCCGAGCCACCCGUCGGCGCGGCGCAGAUCGCACCGAUCACACACUGGACGGCGUCGAGCUCCACGGGCCUCGCCCUGCGCCAGGUCUCCGUGCCCGGCGACCUCAUCAGCGACCUCGAACGUAACAACAUCAUCGGCGACCCGCUCUACGAGCGCACCUUCCUCGAGGGCGAGCCGCUCUGGAACGAGGCCACGUGGACCUACGCGGCGACCUUCGCCGGCUCACCCGCGGCGCGCGCGACGCUGGUCUUCGAGGGCGUGAAGAUGCACGCGGUCGUCUCCGUCAACGGCGUCGUCGUCGGCGCCGCGGCGGACCAGUUCCUGCGCUACGCCUUCGACCUGAGGAACGCCACGCGCGACCUCCUGCGAGCGACGAACGUCGUCGAGGUCGCGUUCGCGCCGGGCGAGGACGUCGGCGGCCGCUUCAUGGCCUGCACGGGCGGCUGGGACUGGGCGCCCUACAGCCACACGUUCCUCAACGGGUCCCACACCUUCUCCAAGGGGCUCUGGAGAGAGGUCUACCUCGCGACGUCGCCGGGCGUCGUCGUCGACCACGUCUCCCCCUCGAUCGCCUACAAGGGCGCCUACCCGACGGCGCGCCUCGCGGACGGCGGCCACGGCGGCUUCCGCGUCGACGUCCGCGUCCACGUCUCCGCGGACCGCCGCGCGCCCGCGAAAAUCUCGCUGCGCACGGCCUGGGGCGCGGCCGCGGCCGCGGACGUCGUCCUCGAGGCCGGCGCGUCGACGGUGUCGCUGUCCGUCGACGCGGACGACGUCCGGCUCUGGUGGCCCAGCGGCCUCGGCGCGCAGCCGCUCUACGGCCUCAACGUUACCGUCGCCGCGGGCGGCGCCGACGUCGUCGUCCGGCGCCGCGUCGGCUUCCGCUAUUUCGCGCUCGUCACCGGCGACGACACCGAUCCCGCGUACGUCGCCGCGGCCGCGGACGAGACGGGCACGGCCUCCCACGGCAUGUACUUCCGCGUCAACGGCGUCGCGUUCUUCGCGCGCGGCGCGAACGUCAUCCCCAUGGAGGAGCUCGAGGGCCGCGCGACCGCCGCGGCGUACCGGCGCAUGGUCGCGUCCGCGCGGGACGCGCGCUUCAACACGCUCCGGGUCUGGGGCGGCGGCAUCUUCUUCCCCUUUGCCUUCUACGACGCCUGCGACGAGCUCGGGCUCCUCGUGUACCACGACCUCCAGUACGCGCAGGAGGGCCACGCGCCCGCGGCGACGGCGACGCAGGAGGCGGAGCUGCGGCACCAGGUCCGCCGGCUGAGCGCGCGCCGGCGCGCGCACGCGUCCAUCGCCAUCUGGGACGGCUGCAACGAGUGCCAGGUGUUGAUGCACACGCCGACGGCGAUCUACGCGACGUUCGCGCUGCGCGUCGUCGCGGAGGAGGACCGCUCGCGGUCCGUCUGGCCGUCGUGCCCCGCGCGCGGCUGGGCGUCGGGCGUCCGGCGCCUCGACGCGCGGCCCACGGGCGAGCCGCUCGUCACGCUGAACCUGUCCUCGCCGGAGAUCGAGACGCACGGCCCCUACCAGCACGGCACGGGCUUCCCCGCGGUCAACGGCGCGUCCGCCUACGAAAGCUUCGACCCGAAGCUCCCCGUGCCGAUCUCGACGUCGGCCGUGGGGUUGCAGCAUCCGAACGUCUUCGCGAGCGAGUUCGGCGUCAUCGCCUACUCGUCCUUCGAGUCGACGGCGCCGACGCUCGCGGAGGCCCACUGGGGCCUCCACGGCGGCGAGCCGAGCGACGCGUGCACUUCCGAGUUCGCGAACACCUGCGCGGGCACGAACGUCAUGGCCGAGCGCAACUACCCCUGCGACAACCUCAUCGGCGUCUACUUCAACAACGAGACGAGCCUGGACCCCUACCUCAACGCGACGGGCGAGGCGCGCUUCAAGAGACAGCUCUAUCAGUGCCUCCUGUCGCACGCGCUCUGGACGAAAGCCACCAUCGAGGCGCGGCGGUCGCGCAACGAGCUCGGCUGCCUCGUCUGGCAGCUCAACGAGAUCUGGCCCACGGGCGGCUGGGGGUCGCUCGAGUACGGCACCGUGGGCCACACGCCGGGCCAGGUCCUCGGCGGCCGCUGGAAGCCGCUGCACUACUGGUACAAGCGGUUCCUCUACGGCGACGUCCUCGCGACCUGCGGCGCGGGCGGCUGCUACGUGCGCAACGACCGCGGCGGCGCGCCCUUCGACGGGACCGUCGUCGUCGAAGCCCUGGACCUCGCGUCCGGGCGACUGUCGCAUGUGCAGACGGAGCGCGCGGACCUCGGGCCGGGCCCCGCGGCGAUCCACUUCUUCGACCUCGCGCGCGACGUCGACGGCGCCCGCGAGAUCCUCGUGAUCUCCUGCGUCGAGCAGGGCGAGGUCGUCGCGCGGAACGAGGCGCCGUUCGCGACGCCCGGGCGCCUCGCGCUCCCCGCCGCGCGCGUCGCGCUGAGCGUCGCCAACGACACGGUGUCGCUGUCGACGAACGCGACGGCGCUCUACGUGACGCUGACGACGCUGGCCAACGGCGCCUUCGACGACAACAGCUUCCUCCUCCUGCCCUCGGAGCCGCGGUCCGUCCGCUUCCUCCCCUUCGAUUCAUUCGACGCCGCGCUUCUCGCGCGGUCGCUCCGGGUCGAGCACCUCGCGGAGAACCAGGGCCUGGGGGUGUAG